GAUCCCGUCGCGUGUAGAGUGUCGCUGCCGUCCAGAAACGCAUGGUUUGUCGUCCAGAUGAAUGCGAAUAGACGGCUCAGAUUGGACCAGAGCCAACCGAGGCGGUGGAUCAACUCGGGUGAGUCAGGGAUAGAGGACGAGCAAGUCCUCGCACUCGUCUUCGAGUCCAUGAAAUGGGACAUACACACGCUCUGUGCCACCGCCUCCAUCAACCGCAAGCUCCGCGCCAUAGCCAGGCGGCUCCUCUGGCGCAUGCUCUGUCUGCACCGGGCCCCGCGGAUGGCGGCCGCAUUGUCCGACUCCAAACCCAACGGCCGCAUCGACGGCGGAUGGCACACCCUCGCCAAGGUCAUGUUCUUUUGCUGCGGGAGCGAGUCGACACGGCAUUUCGAGCUGAGUCGCCCGUCGCCGGGCCACUUCGUGAGAGAGUCCCGGUUCUCGAAGACCUCAGGCCGUAGUUUCCUGGCGAAGAGGUGCCGCGGGGAUCUGCUGUACGUGAGCGAUCCGUGCGAGCACAGGACGGGGGAGGCAGAGGACGAUCUAGGGAUUUUCAGAGGGGUAUUUAAGGGAUUCAUGCGGUCGAAGACGAGAGAGUGUCUGGUGCGACGGCGGGCAGAGCUGGAAGAGAAUGUGAGGUGUCCGUACUGUGGAGCGCGCGUGUGGAGCAUGACGGCGGCGCGUCUGGUGCCGAGGAGUGCCGCCCGGCGGCUGGGAUCGCGCGACGGAGGGGUUGAGUUCUUCGUGUGCGUCAACGGCCACUUGCACGGCACUUGCUGGCUGGUUCGGCUCUCCUCUGACGAAGACCGGCGAGAAUAUGACGACGACGAUGACGAGGAAGACGACGAUUUCGACUGCGGUGAGUAGGUAGCGUGGAUUUGACCGGAAUCUGAUUUGGCUACGCGGAAGGAUCAAGACAUGUCUCAGGAUUCUCUCUCUUUGACACGUGGCAAGGACAGCUCGAACUGUAGUGGAUAUGGGAGGCUGACGUGUACAAACAUGCUUUUGCCCACACGCAUUUGGGUUCGGUUUGGUAGGAUUUGGCAGGGUUUAGAGUUGAUUGUAGAGAGGGUAUGGUCUACUUGUAUAGACCGGCUCAAGAUCUAGAGUGCCACUGCGAUUGAAUUCACCAUUUAACUGCGAUUUUUGUUUCCGGUUACAAACGCUUUGGACCCCAUUUGUGAAUUAUAAGAUUAAUUAAACAUUUGCCUAACA